CAACAAAAUUUUUGCCGCAUUCAGACGAAGUGGCGGGCUUCUAAUUUUUAAUGAGUUACGAUAAGGAAUUUUAAAAUUGAUUUUAAUGUGUAACAUAACACAAUCGUGUCUAACUAAAGAAAUAUACAAAUUGAAAUUGGAAUAACAAAACACAUUUAGCGCACAUUGGCUGGCGUUUAAUUCAUACACUCGCGGCCCCUCACAUAGAACUGCACCAUGGAUCGCCGCUUGAGACGUCCUCGUCGCACCGAGGAUUAUGCAGCUGCUCCAGCUCCAGUUGCAGCGCCCGCUGCGCAGACCAGGCGUUCCACAGCAGUGCCAUCUGUGGGUCUGCAAACACGCACACGUACUUCGCCCUCCCGCAGCAAGGUGGCGCCAGCGCCAGCCCCCUUGCCAGCCACAGUAGAAUUGGGUCCACGCACUCGUCGCUCCAGCAGACCACGCUCCGCUGCGGGCAUGCCCAUCGCAGCAGUUGCCAAGUCCACAGUUAAAGCACCGACACCCAUCAAGGAAGUCAACGAGGUGCAGUCGCCUGUGCGCCAGUUGCACAACAACAGCAACAGCAGGAGCAACUUGCCCAUGACAUUGACCACGAAUACAUCCACGCGAUCACCGAUUGCGGCAAUGAUGACUUCCUCUGUGGACAGUCCGAACAUCAGUCGCACCUACAGCAGCAGCACAACAACCACACAGCGCAUCGAAAUCCACUCAGAGGGUGGUGAUGAUGUGGUUGUCGACACGGAUUCCAUACGCAAACGUUUAGCGGAUCGCCUGCGUCGAUCGGUGUCGCAGACAAUCUCGAACAUGGCUCGUGCUGCCACGCCCACCACGAAUACAGAGGAUGCGGGCAGUCGUUAUAGUCGAUCCGUUUCGCGGUCCGUUUACGAUGAUGAGAAGAGUUCGAAGCGCAGUUAUUCCACCGGCGAUGAAGAUAUCGCUGAGGAGGAUGAACAGCAGCUGGACGAUGAGGAGGAUGAGCCCUUCUGCAGUUUCAAUGUGACCCGGCAGUCGGUGACGCCAGUGCUGGGCAAAGCGUGCCGCAAACUGAUGACACCACGCGAAUUUGGCGGCUUGCCAGGAGCACUGCUCCUCCUCGUGCUGAUUCCAACUCUGGUCUACUAUCUCACCUGGAGCUGCACGGCGCGCAAUGCCUGCCAACUGAAGCGUCCCAAUCUGACGGCGCUGCUCGACUGGCGCUAUCUGACACGGCAAGUGUUCCCGAACCAUGUCGUUGGCGUCUUCACGGCCUAUCAGUUUGUCGUCUUUCUGCUGGUGGCCCUGCUGCCGGGACGUCGUGUGCAUCUCACCCGUGAAACGUACACGUUCAAUGGCCUGGGCGUUGGCCUCACCCUCCUCCUGGCCGGCGGCAUUGUCGAGUAUCUCAAGUAUCCGAUUGUCAGCUUUGUGUUGCGUCAUUAUCUGCGCUUCUGCAUCUAUGGAUUGGUGAGCGCCUUUGUGGCAGCCACCUGGAGCUACUUUCGCGUCGACACCAACAAAUAUAAUGUGCUGCGACAGACGCUUGCCAACGAUUAUGGACGCAGCGGCAACUUUGUGGUGGACUUUGCCCUCGGCCGGCAGUUGAAUCCCAAGUGGCUGGGACGUGUCGAUUGGAAGCAGUUCUACUAUCGUCUGUCCCUGGUCAGCACACUGCUCUAUGCCGCCUGCUACAUUUACCAGACGCUGCAGUGGCCCCCUUACCCGCAGGCGCAGGAGGGCAUUUUGUAUCUGUUGCGCUACUAUUGGCACAACCUCAACUAUGAUGCGGGCACUUUGCUGGCGGCCAGUUCGUUGCUGAUCUAUGUGCUGGACGCGUUGCUCUUCGAGCAUCAUCUCAGCUGCUCCUUUGAGCUGCAGCACGAGGGCUACGGCUGCCUGCUGCUGCUACGCUACGCAGUCACUCCGUAUCUGCUCAGCUCGGUUAGCAAAUAUUUCUACGAGCAGCGGGUGCCAAUUGCCUGCUGCUGGGCACCGUAUGGGGUGCUGAUGCUGCUGUUCCUGGGACUGAUUGUCAAGCGGUAUAGUUGCGCCUUCAAGUACAAGUAUCGCUUGAACUCGCAGAAUCCCAUUUUUGCGAAUGUGGCCACCAUACACACGUAUCAGGGCAAUCGUUUGCUGCUCGGCGGCCUUUGGGGCCGCUUGAGGCAGCCCAACUAUCUGGGCGAUAUCCUUGCCAUGUGUGCCUUGGGUGCGCCCAUGUUGCUGCGUCCUGCCUGGCCGCCAUUGGUGUCGCUGCUGCUGCUCAUUGUGGUCCUGUUUCAUCGGGCCACGCGCACCAAUGCCAGGAAUCAGGGACGCUAUCAUUCGUCCUGGCAUCGCUAUUGCGGCCAAGUGCGCAAUUAUAUUCUGCCCAAGAUCUAUUAACCCAUUUUUAUUCUCGCUGUGUCAUUUUGCAACAACAUUUUAUUUUCUUAAGAGUUCCCCCCCCCACCGUUAUUGACUUUUUGAAUUUAUACGAAUCUUUUUUAAUUUGUUUAGCUUUUAGUUUGAUUCGAAUUAUUUGUAUAUAUGUAUUCUGCACACUUUAGUUGCUUUUAACUUAAGUUUACCGAAUUUGAUUUUACUUCACGACGAAGCAGAAACGAGAUUUGAAUAUUUACUUAAGCCUAAACAUUAAUUGCUCUUAGCCAUACAAAUUAUAUUCUACUUGCAUAAGUAGGCAUUUUUCUAGCAUCUAGCAACUAUUAUUUAAAUUCUUUUUACGAUUGUUAGCUUAUAUACAAAUCUUAAAUACAUUUAUCAUGUAAAUAUCGCAAUUACUUUAUAUAUACAUAAAUAAACUAAAUAUUUUCGUUUCGUCAAAGAAACGCAUGAAA